AUGGCGACGAGGCUAAACAGAGUUGUCGCAUUGAGCCGUCCAACUGGUGACGGGAAAACACUCGCAAUGGAGGGCAGUGUACUUGCAUUGAGGUGCGUGGCACUCUUCAUAGUUCCAAAUGUGACUUUGGCUGAAUUUCAGGCUGAGAGGUUUCGACAGGACGCGUUUGAUGUUGUCAAUCUCGAAGACAUAAAGUCAAACAAUGACGCUGCGUCGCUCAAAGCCUUUGUCAAGAGAAUAGGCAAAAACAAGAAACUACGCAAGAAGCAACGGUUGAUCAUUGUGUGUUCUCCCUCUUCGCUUGCCGACCCAGACUUCAAAUGGUGUAAAUAUUUUACACGAUUGGCAUGGAGAGGAAUACUGAAACUUGUCGUAUUCGACGAGUGCCAUCUCAUGCCUCAACAUGGCAAGGUAUUUCGGCAGGCCCAGUACGACUACAUUUCGAGUCAAUUUUUCGAGAAGAUUCAACAACGCAGUAUAAGACCGCAGAUGCUUUUUGCGUCCGCUACGUUCGAUGAUACAACACUAGAAGAUAUUGAAGAGAUGUGUCAUUUCAAAUUCACAGAUGGAAUAUUUGCAACGCCAGCGGAAAUGGAAUGUCGGAAACUCCAAUAUCAUGUAUCUGUCCGAUCGCCAAAAUUCUCAACAUCCACGGUGAAAAAGAUAGUUGUAGAUCAAGCACUGAUAGAAAAUGGAGUGAACGUGGUGGUCAGCACCAAUUCCAAAUCUCGAGUUCCCAAACUUCAAGGGCACCUACGGUUGUCCUCUGUUGGAACUGAACGAGAAAAUAUCGUCGUUCUUGCUAUUCAUGGCGACUGUCCAUCUAAUGUCAAGACCAGCUUUGUUUCAGUUUUCUGUGAGCAGAAGCCCGACCACGCACUAUCGCCCGAUGCCAAUGUAAUGGUCAUCUCUGCAAACACUGGAUCAGAAGGAUACGACAAUCACGCAAUUGGUACAGUCAUACAUGAAGGUGCUGCAACCAGCGUGGCUCAACUGAAGCAAGAAGCUGGUCGAUGUCGAUGCCUUUACGACAACAGAUCCUAUCACCACUAUUCAUUCCUUAGUCUGCACGAUUUGCUUCUAUGUCGAUAUGUCUGCCUCUACAACAAACCUGAUGAUCGGAACAUAUUGAGAAAUAGUGGUCAACCAGUAUGGAUAGAAGAAGGUAGAGAAAGAGGACUUCGGCAUCUGUACGAGUCGUACGAGUUCUACUUGACAUCAGAAUGCUACCAUUUGCGAAUGGAGCAACGAUAUGGUCGAGUUGUUUCCGAUGCAGACCGUCCAUUGGAAAGAUGCUAUACGAAUUGUCCGUCUUGCAAUGGAGAGUUGGAGUUGAACACAAUCGCUGUCGAUGUGAAUGAGAUGAAGGACCUUCUUCUAUCGCUAUUCGUCCACGAUGAAAUCAAAGAUAAUGCGAAAUUUGUCAACAUCUCUCUUCUUCUUUGCACCUUGGUCUUUUCUCCUUUGAAUCUCCUCUAG